CACUACUUUGAUUCAACCAUUACAAUACAACAAUAACCUCCGAAUUCCGCAGUUUGAUUUUUAAUUUUUUUUAAUUACGGCAAACUGAAACCCAGUCAUUUUUUUGAAAAUUAUUGCUGCAGGUUUCACAGUUGAGCCUUAUUUUGGAGGGUAGCAACGGAAGCAGCUUAUGUAGUUUCACCAAACCUGACGCAGUUCCACAGUGAGUCUGGUUGUAGAAGCCGCGGUAGACUCAGUCCACGAAAGUUAACAGAGGCGCAAAGUGUGUGUUUGUGUUAGGGAGUCCCUGUGAUACUGAGUCGCUGUGUCCGUGACUGUGUCCCACCGUGUCCACAUCCACAGGUUCUGUGAAGCUGUGACCACACAUUCAUCUCCAUCCACUUCAGCAGUCGUGGUCGUGGUCGUGGUCAUGGAUCUAAACUCCUCCAGUGUGACGGAGAUGAAGAAGAAGUCCUCCUGCACCACCGGACCUCCCCAUGCUCCUCUGUAGCUCUUGCUGCUCUUCAUCAUGAUGAGUGUCACCUCAGGAGAUCUUCUGGAGUGUGGCGCCCAUCUGUCGACCUUCUGACCCAUGGUUGAACCGUCUGUCUGGACAGAAGAACCGACCGGAACCACCUCUCUGAGAGAACCUCCUGUCUGUAGGUCAUGGGGAGAGAGCAAGACCUGCUGACGGCCGUGAAGGGAGGAGAUCUCCUGCAGGCCCACAAACUUCUCUCCAGGGUCAAGUGCAACAAAACCAAGUUGCUGGGCUCCACCAAGAAACUCAACGUCAACUACCAGGACUCAGACGGCUUCUCAGCACUGCACCAUGCUGCUCUGACAGGAACCACGGAGCUGCUGUCUCUGCUGUUGGACACUCAGGCCACGGUGGACAUCAAGGACAUCAAUGGGAUGCGUCCUCUCCACUAUGCAGCCUGGCAGGGUAAAGCUGACUCUGUCCUGUUGUUACUCAGAGCCAACGCUUCAGUCAACUCUCCUUCUCAUGAUGGACAGAUUCCUUUACAUCUGUCAGCACAGUAUGGACAUUAUGAGGUGUCUGAGAUGCUGCUGCAGCAUCAGUCCAACCCCUGUCUGAGGAACAAGGCCAAGAAGACGCCCCUGGACCUGGCCUGUGAGUUUGGAAGAGUGAAGGUGGCGCAGCUGCUUCUGAGCAGCAACAUGGUGACGGCUCUCCUGGAAGGAGACGCAGGUCACGACAGUCUGGACUCUCCGUCCACCACUCCGCUGCACCUGGCUGCAAGAAACGGACACAGAGACAUCAUCAGACUUCUUCUUAAAGCUGGCAUCGACAUCAACCGAGUGACCAAGGCAGGAACGUCUCUGCACGAGGCUGCCCUCUAUGGUAAAACUGAGGUGGUGCGGCUCCUACUGGAGGCUGGCAUCAACGUCAACAUGAGGAACACCUACAACCAGACGGCUCUGGACAUUGUCCAUCAGUUCACCACGUCUACAGCCAGCAGAGAGAUCAAACACCUGCUCCGAGAAGCGUCCAGUUCUCUCCAGGUCAGAGCAGUGAAGGAUUACUGGAACCUUCACGACCCCACGGCCCUCAACCUGCGAGCUGGCGACAUCAUCCUGGUCCUUGAGCAGCACUCUGACGGUCGGUGGAAAGGUCACAUCCAUGACCCUCAGAGGGGGACAGACAGGGUGGGCUUCUUCCCUCCAUCAGUGGUGGAGGUUCUGAGCAGACGUUCAGUAGGGGGCACCCUCUCCAGACAAACAUCGAUGCCAUUUCAGAGAUUUGCGUCCAGAGCUCCUCCUCCUCCCUCUGGCCAAGGCUCCGCCCCCCAGUCAGACGACUCCUUCACACUGGAGUGUGAACCCGCAGGCCCCCCCCUCAGCAGACAGCUCUCAGCCCCUGUUAGUCCUGCUAGUUCCACUCAGGACAUUUGGGUCCUCAGGAGCGCCCCCUCUGGUGACAGGACCAGUGUGGGCAGCGUGGGCAGCGUGGGCAGCAGCCGCAGUGCCGGCAGUGGUCAGAGUUCAGAGAGCAGCCACAAACACAACAACAGUCAGAGUCGACACAACGACAACAACAAUGGAAAACUGGCGCCCUCUGCUGGUGGGUCAGCGGACCAGCUACAGACUGCGGCAGACCACAGCCAGCAGCUAGACGGACCAGCAGGUGGAUCUCAGCGACAGUUGAAUGGAUGUCAGAGAAGUUUGAUCAGACCAGAGCAGCUGCUGGAGGGGAAGGACUGUGACGCCAUCUACCAGUGGUUGUGUGACUUCCAGCUGGAGCAGUACACCUCUAACUUCAUCCUGGCAGGAUACGACGUUCCCACCAUCAGCAGGAUGACACCUGAGGACCUGACGGCCAUCGGGGUGACCAAACCAGGUCACAGGAAGAAGAUCUCCCUGGAGAUCAGCCGGCUGAACAUCCCUGAGUGGCUGCCAGAUUAUAUUCCUUCUGACCUGGGGGAGUGGCUCAGUGUGAUCGGACUCCUUCAGUACCAGAAGAGACUGUGUGACAAUGGCUACGACUCCAUCUCCAUCGUCAAGGACAUCACCUGGGAGGACCUGCAGGAGAUCGGCAUCACCAAACUAGGUCACCAGAAGAAACUGAUGCUGGCGGUGAAGAGACUCAGUGACCUGCAGCGUUCUCGGAACAACGCCGAAAGAUCGGGAACCCUGCGGAGGAGACCGCCCCCUGCUGCCCUGGAGCUGGUGGCCAUUGAACACCCUCCCACACCCACUAGUACUCACACACACUCAGACACAGCAGAGGACAACUGUUGCCCCUCCCCCCGCACCCCCAGGGCCAUGAUGUCUUUCCAGGACAGCGAGCUGAGCGCCGAGCUGCAGAGUGCCAUGAUGGGCAGGCCGGCGGUGGAAGCGGGGGGAGGAGCAGGAGAGGCCUUUGGUCUCAGGGGCAUGAAUCUGGCCGCGGCCACGUCGGACAGUCAGGACAGCUUCAGCGUGAGGUCACGUGGGUCAGGGAAUUCUGGGAAUUCAAACUCGGGGUACUCACAGGAGCAACAGUCGACACCAGGCUCUGCCAGAACCUCUAACCAAUCCCAGGAAAACCUUGGGAGCGGAGGAGGAGAGCGAGGAGGAGGCAGUCCUGGAGGCAGAAGAACCAUGGAGAUGUGGGAAAACCAGAGCCCCAGCAAAGUCUCCUCCACCCCCUCCUCCACGCCUCCUCUGACGCCGAGUAAAGUUCCUCGCUUCGGCUACCCAGCAGUCCCACUAAAGUCCAAACACUACCAGUCCACCCGACUCUUUCAGACCCAGAACCACCCACCGCCCUCUCCUUCCUUCAGUCCCUCCCCCACACCAAAGACCUUCACUUACCUCCAACCUCAGACAGGUGGCGCUCCUCAGGUACACUCCAAACCUCUCCCUGUGAUGGAGCCCCCUACUGGACAGACACCAGCCAAUGAAACUCACAGGGCGCCACAGAAGAAACGCACUCAGAGUCUCACCCGCUACGCCCUUUCUGAUGGGGAGCCGGAUGAGGAUGACGACAUGGCGUCGCCCUCCAACUCUGCGGCCUCUGUGGCCAUGCCGUCGUACGCCACGUUGUCCCGUAGGACAGGACGUGGAAACACCGUCACCACCGGAGGUCACAGGAGCCUGAAUCGCAGCCAGUCUUUCGCAGUGCGCUCCCGACGCAGAGGCCCGCCCCCUGCCCCACCCAAGAGGAUGAGCUCGGUCAGCGGCGGUCCGACACCACCCGUGGAAGGCAGCCAGGAGGUGGCGAUGAAAGCAGGAGUGAAGGUGGAGAACACAGGAAGUGUGAGAAGCAUCGCAGCCAAGCUUGACGGGAGCAUCGGCUGCAGUCCAUCCAGGAGAACCAACGUUCCUCCACCCACCGCCCCGCGUUCUGUCGCCUUCACUCCGAGCUGCUCCACAAUUCCAAACAGAAUUCCAUCACAUGUGGUCCCUCAUCCUGACACACCUGUCCCCAUCCUGGGCCUCAGCGGCUUCAGAAGAACAGGAAGUUGGAGGGCAGAAGGUCAUGUGAUCAGACCCGGAAGUGGACGCUCAGAGGAGACACCUGCGGACCAGGACAGGGACGGUCAGGGACUGUCAAACAGUUCCUCCGCUGCUCCAAAGAGGAGCUCAGGUGAUAAUCUGCCUUUUGCUGAGGAGGGAAACCUGACCAUCAAACAGAGACCCAGAGUUCCCCUGGUUACCCAGGCCGACGGAGAGGCCAAGACUCCAGAGGACCAGGUCCAGACUCCAAACGGCCUGGACGUUCCAGAGUUCAACCUGAAAGAGUCCGACACUGUGAAGAGACGCCACAAACCCAAAGACAAGGAGGUGUCCUCCCCAGAGGAGGCGUCUUCACCAGAGGAGGCGUCUUCACCAGAGGAGGCGUCCUCCCCGUCCAGAGAGGAGCUCCGUGGCCAGACGCCGGAGCUUCCUCAGAUUAACGUCUUCCAAAGGGUGGGUUCUGUGGGAAGAGGUCCAAAACCGCCGGUGCUGUCAAAGCCUUCAGGUCCAAUCAGACCCGCUCCCAACGGCGAACCGACGUCACAGUCCUGUUCUCAAAGCAGAAUUCCUAAACUGACCGGUGUUCAGAUCCACACGGUUCUCGGGAAACACCAACAGGUGGCGCUGCAGUCCAGACCUGAGAGUGGGUCAGAACCUGCUGGAGGGUCGGUGUCCAGAAAUCCUCGGUACAGUCCACCAUCAGUGCCCACAGCAGGACCAGACCGGGCUCUGCUCCAGAACCUCACCUUCUCAGCUCCAGUCUCUUCCAGCUCUUACUCCACCUCAGCUCCACCUGGAAGACCUGGACCGGCAGGUUUGGAGGUUCUGACUCAGAGAAGACUGGAGCAGACCAGCACCUCCCUGGAGGAGGUCCUCAAGGUGGCGGAGGACAAACUUUCUCAGGGGAACCAGGUGGACAGCAGCAGCUCUGUGUCGGCAGCAGGAAACAUCCUGGACGACAUUAGCAACAUGUUCGACGACCUAGCCGAUCAGCUGGACGCCAUGUUGGAAUAACGCUGAAGGAAGAGCUGGAGUUCCAGACGGAGGAAGAUUCUGGUCAGACUUUCCUCUGAGUCACACACUCCUUUCCUUCUUCCUUCCUGUUGUUUCAACUGCAGCACUUUUCCUCAGAACUCUCACGGGGUCACGGGGUCACUGGGUCCAAAUCCACCAGUGUGUUCUUCUAUUGUGGCUUUGUUUGUUUGUUUAUUUGUUUGUUUGUUUGUUUGUUUUCAAACACAGGGAAUUAAUAUUUGUGGUCAUCUCGGAGUGAAACAGAUAUUUUACAGAGUAUUUUAUUCUUUGAAACAGACUCUUGGUCUGGGGGUCUCAGGACGUCCUCUGCUCACACUGACAGACUGGAGCGAGGUUUUUAGAAAUGACAGACUUUAUGAAAACUGACUUUUAUUUCAUGCUUAAACGUUUUAUUUAUUCAAGGUUUCCAGUUGAAGCUGCGUCGAUGAACUCUAAUCAGUCACUGAUCAGUUUGUCAGGUUUGUCAUUUCAAUGAUUUAAAAUAUAACACACUCAAUAAUCGAUUGAUUUGAACCAUUAGUUUAUCAGAUGUUGCCUUCAGGGUCUGUGGUUAUUUUGGUUUUUAUAAAGUAAAAAACAUUUUGUUAAGCCACUGUUGCACGUGUGGAAUCUAAAAUGUUUACAAAAUAAAUGUAGUUCUAAACUCGUCCACACUGUUAGAGAGGAGGUCUGAGUCUGCUCCUUCAAAAUAAAAGUCCUGCAGUGUAAACGUCACGGCAGGGAAGUUAAACCAGAUGUAAAUAUUCAGAAGAGAAUCUCCUGCUGGUCUUUGAAGUUGAUGAACCUUCCUGUGAAUGGGUUGAUGGUUUGAAACCAAAAGGGAAACAUCAGUCAAAAACACUUUUCCUUUUCUGCAGAAACUAAUAAUUUUUUGACUUUUAUAUUUCACUUAAAUGUUCCUGCAACUGGUUCUGUGGAACUGUUACCAAACACUGACUUGUUUAUUUGUUCCUCUGUCCGUUUGACUCUCGCUGUAUUCUUUCAAUGUUUAUUGUUUUUAUUAUUGAUGAACUAAAACUCCAGGAGUACGGAGAAUUCAUUAAAACAUUUUUAC